UUACUUGGUUUUUCAGGACGGACUUGAAGAGAAAUUACGAGAAGUGGGUAUUAGACUCCUGGAACUCCAAAAGUUAGCAGAAUGCCCAGUUUGUUUCUAUCCAUUAGAUGUGGCACACAGCCAGUGCAGGAAUGGACACGCCGUCUGUAGUUCUUGCACGUCUAAACUCAACAUGUGUCCGCUGUGAUGAAAUACGAAAUUUUGUCCGAAAACUGCAAAUGUUAACAGAAUGCCCCGUCUGUUUCGAUUCACUAGAUGUUCAACACACUCUUUGCCAGAAUGGACACGGGGUCUGCAGUACCUGUAGAUACGGUAUAACAGUAUGUCCUAUUUGUGCCAAGGCGUUUGUUCUGCAAACUUCCACUCUGGUGAAUCAACUGCUGGAGUGCCUACCUAAACUAUGCCCUUUUACUGAAAGGGGUUGUCCUAUCAUUAUGUUUCAGCAGGACCACGAGUGGUUUUGUCAGUUCAGACCAACAGCGUGUAAAAUGAAAGAGUGUGAAUGGAAAGGUUGUGUCAAAGAUUUAGUGGACCACUUGGAAAAAGAGCAUAAUAAGGAAUAUUUAUCCGGUCUAACAACGGAAUCUGUUCCACACACGAUACUUGAGAAUUUCUCAGUAAAUACGAGGACUUCAUACCCAAUCAUGUUUAAAGGCAACCUCUUUUGGUAUAGGCCUACGUGUGUAACAUAUGAUGGUUUUCCAUACAAAAAAAAUAUGGAAAUUACACAUGAGGUUCGCCUCUUACAGACAAAAAAACCCGAGUACCGAUAUUUAUUUGUUAUAUCAUUUAAAAUAGGGGAAGUCCAGUUUACAAGCACAUCAGAAGCUUUUACUGGUGAGCAACUUCGUUCUUCCGGUAUACUACUUGGAGAUUUGCCAGAAGUUUGCGAAGGACUUUUGUGCAAACUUUAUAUACAAAUUUUAGAGCGUCCAAUUUAAACCAACAUUCCCUGACCUAACCAAACACACCACACACUACACUAAAACACACGCACAUCACAUCAACGUGAUGUAGUGAUCGGUGGAUAUAGUGAUGAUAUUAAUUAAACUUCCGGAUAGCCUAAAUCAGAGUUUGAACCAAUUUGCAUGUAACGAGAUAUUGAAAUUGGUGUCUAGCCUUUUUCGCCGUUUCUGAUGAUUUGUAAUAAAUAUAACAUUUGUUGUGUCUCUACUUACUAUUAAUGGAUUUACAUUUACAUAAAAGUUCUCAUUGUUUGUGAAUAUAUUUAAAUAAUAUAUUGAAAGAUCAUUA